GCGCGCACCGCCCAGCAGCCUCGCUGGGCGCGCCGCCACCUGCUGCUGGCGCACAACCUGCUCUACGCCUACCGCUCCCCCGACUGGUCGCGCGCGGACUGCAUGAUCUACCUGGAGGGGUUCACGGUGUGCGCGGCGGGGGAGGUGAAGUCGCGCGCGCACGCCUUCAAGGUGUACCACACGGGCACCGCCUUCUACUUCGCGUGCGACUCGCGCGACGCCAUGCUGGCCUGGAUCCAGCUCAUCCACCGCGCCACGCUGCUGCCCUCGCUGCUGCCGCCGCUCACCGCCACCACGGAAAUCUUUAAGCAGUUUUCUGAAACGGAUUAUUCGGAUACCGAGUCGGACAGCGAGAGUCCGGAGAAGCGGCACGAGCUGAGAGAGAGGGAGAGGGAGAGGGAGCGGGACAAGGACAAGUCUAAGUUUGGGUCGCUUAAGAAGCUGACGCACCGCGCGCAGCGCAGCGAGUCGCAGGAGAGCGUAGCGCACGCCCCCGCCCCCGUCCCUGCCGGCCACGCCCCCGGCCCCGCCCCCGCCGCCGCCAGCCUCGACAGAAAGUAUCUGCGCUUCUUCUCCCGUAACCGCACCAAGGAGGAGCACAAACCCCGCAAGGCGAGUCCGGGGCGCGCGGCGAUGGUGGCGGGGGCGGCGGGGGCUGCGGGGGCGGCCAAGCGGCUGCCCAAGCCCAUCGACUACAUCCACGCCUCCAACCCCAACCUGCUCGACUUCGAGAAGAGCGACUUUGUCACCAAGCCCACCAUACAGGUGCCGCGUCGCGUCGCGCACAAGCCCGACACGCUGGUGGGCCUCGUCACCCUCGAG